AUGCGGAAACAUUUGAUCAAAACGGGUUUGGUGACAGAAGAUGGCGAAAUCAGACCGGAAGCAGAAUAUCGCGAAAUAAAGAGCAAGGAGAGUCAAAAACGUGCGCUGUUGGAAAUCAUUGCUCACGCAAUAGUGGAACGUUCAUUAGAGGCCGAGCGUAUCCGACAGGGAAACAUACGAAGAACUUUGGAGGAUAUAUGUAAACUACAUCGUGUAAAGCGUAUCAGAUGGUCUACUCUGAAAACGUCUAUCAGAGAAGCGGCGCUUGGGCAGUUAGGUGAGAUUCUUCGCCACAAGAGAGACUGGAUCUCCGAGCGUACACUGCAGUUGUCCGCAGAGGCAAGAGAGGCGCGGCUGAUCAGUUCUCAUGAAUUUCGUAUUCUCCGUCGCCAAGCCACAAGCUCCGCCAAGACUGAUCGUAAACAAUGCUGGAAGGCGAUUGCAGACAGUAUGGAGGCUGCAACCGUCUCACCGGACUUUGAUAAGCUAUUCCGUCUAAUUCGUGUCGCAGAAGGGAAGAGGCAGACAUCGGAACCCCUGUUGCACAGCACAAAAGGCCAACUAAAUCAGGGAACUGAGCAAAAGAUGCAAAGGAAGGCUCCUGGAGAAGACGGGAUACCACCAGAGUUAUUCAAAGCUUGCUUACCAACUCUGAUUGAUCCGCUGACCUCUCUUUUCCAUACCAUUUUGGAAAGAGCAGGUUUUCAAAAAGACUGGACGGCUUCAAUUUUAGUCCCAGUUCCAAAAAAGGGUGACAUAUCAAGAUGUGAAAAUUACAAGGGUAUUAGCCUCAUUGAUAUUGCAGCCAAAUUGUUUGCAGUGAUACUGCUUGGUCAUUUUGCAGUCGAGGAACGUCAGAAACGUGCAGAAGAAAACAUAUUAAUGCAACUAGUUCCACCCACACAAGCAUCGUCAUCCAAACUCGUACCUAUUCCGGGAACAUCGACCGACAGUGGGAUGGACAAACAAAGUCAAGUUAAAGUGGCAAAAGCACGACGAUAUCAUCGAAGGCAACAAAACAAGGAACGCAAUGCAGGCCAGCCUCCUUAUCUAUUUCUGUGGGAACCGGGGAUCUAUCAACGUAAACUCGGUUCUCCACGACGUGCAAAGGAUGACCGACGUACUCGAUCCAAAACUCGUGAGGAGGGUACAAGUGAAACCAGACGGUUAUCAGGUCGACAAUCAAGUUCACGAGAAGAUCCGAAUCGCCGUACCGGUCAGAACGAAGGGCGCACUAGGUCAAAACGCAAGAAGGCUCGCGAAUACGGAGACCAUUUGGUUUAUGAUGAACCUCAGGUAAGAGUUAUUUGA